AUGUUCAAGAAACUCAAAUUAGAAAAAAAUAAAGUAACCGAAGAAUUUCAAUCAUCAAAACAUAAAACUCAAAUUUUUCAACCUUUUCGUGCAAUUGGAUAUGUUACAAAUUAUAUACCUUUUGACAUUCAGAAAAAAGGAGAAGUAUACUACCUUACAACUUGCGUCGGUAACAGUUUUCAUGUAUAUGAUUGUGAAAAGCUAAAUUUGAUAACUGUAGGUUCUCAAACAAGCAAUCCUAUUACGGCUUUAGCUUCAUUAAAUGAAAAUACUUUUGUUGCAUGUGGGAAGGAGCUUAUUGUUUAUCAUCGUGGUAAAGAGUUUACUAGAUAUAUUGGAAACAUAAAAGGACAUAUUUUUGAACUCACAAUUUUUAGUAAUUAUGUUAUUGCUUUAAGCGAUGAUAACUUACUUACUAUCUGGGAUCAUGUUUCUGGAGAGCUCUAUGAUGAAAUUCAAUUUGAUGAUAAUUUCACUUUAUCAACAAUCGUUCAUCCAAGCACUUAUUUAAAUAAAAUAUUACUUGGUAGUAAACAGGGAAUAAUGCAAAUUUGGAAUAUUCGUACAAAGAAAGUGAAAUAUUCAUUUCCCUCAUUUGGAUCCGCAAUCACUUUCCUUACACAAUCUCCUGUUGUGGAUGUUAUUGCUAUUGGUUUACUUAAUGGAACAAUAAUUUUGUACAAUAUUAAAUUGGAUGAAAAUAUAAUAUCAUUGAAGCAAGAAGGAAGUGUAACUUCAAUUUCGUUCAGAACAGAUGAUAAGCACAUUAUGGUUUCUGCUAAUAUGCAUGGUGACAUUACACUAUGGGAUCUUGAUAAUCAGAAAUUAUAUGAUGUUAUAAAAGGUGCACACGAUGGAUUAAUUCCUUCUGAAUGGAUUUUUGAGGGUCAAAAUGGGUUUGAACAUCGUAUUUUAAAAUCAAGAAGUGGGCAUCAUUCACCGCCAACAAAGAUCGAAUAUUAUGGAUCUUCCGGACAUUUCAUUCUUAGUGCAGCAGGAGAUAGAUCGCUUAGAAUAUUUUCAAUAAUUCGCGAUUCUCAGAGUGUGGAAUUAUCACAAGGUUCCAUUAUAAGACAAUCCAAACGUUCUAGAAAACAUGUUGAUGAGCUCAAAUUUCCGCAGAUCAUAAAUUUCUCAUCAUCUGAAUCUAAACAGAAAGAAUGGGAUAAUAUCCUUACAUGUCAUAUUAAUGAUUCGAGAGCUCGAACAUGGUCAUUUCAGAGAAGAGCCCUAGGGCAACAUAUUUUUAAAAUUCACGAUGGGGCAUCGAUUAAGGCAACAAAUAUAAGUGCAUGCGGAAAUUUUGGAUUCAUUGGAACUUCAUCUGGUGUAAUUGAAAUGUUUAAUAUGCAAUCUGGGUUACAUAGAAAAACUUUUGCUGAUUGUGAUGCCUUUCAUAAUAAUAAAGGACAUAACAAAUCUAUAUCUGGAUUAGCAAGUGAUUUACUUAAUCGAAUAUUAAUUAGCAGUUCUCUCGAUGGCACUGUUAAGAUAUGGGAUUUCAAUAAAGCAAAAGUAUUGCAUACUAUUGAUAUCAUGUCACCUAUCACUGCCAUGCUAUUUCAUUGUAAUAAUGAUUUAUUAGCGAUAAUUAAUGAUGAUUUAUGUAUACGUGUUAUUGACGUGGAAACUCGUAAAAUCGUGAGGGAAUUUUGGGGUCAUCGGAACAGGAUUACUGAUUUGACGUUUAGUCCUGAUGGAAGGUGGAUUGUAUCUACAUCUCUUGAUGCCACGAUUCGUACUUGGGAUCUUCCAACAGGUCAUUUAAUUGAUAUUUUUCGAGUAGAUGAUAUCGCCACAAGUGUGACAUUUUCCCCAACUGGGGAUUUUUUGGCCACUUCACAUGUUGAUAAUGUUGGAAUGUUCUUAUGGGCAAAUCGUACCCAAUUCUCUAAUAUUUCUUUACGAAACAUUUCCGAGGAUGAUGAAAUAUCUACAAUAACACUUCCAACCACUACCGGAUUGGAAAGUGACGAAGAUUUUUUGGAUGAAAUAGAUGGGGAUAAGAAGAAUGAUAAGUCGUUUGAAUCCGUGGAACAACUCACUGAACAAAUGAUAACAUUAUCAUUACUACCAAAAUCCAAAUGGCAGAAUUUAAAUAAACCUAAGGAACCUCCUAAAGCAGAUAAGAAAGCGCCCUUUUUCUUACCCACAUUACCUGGUGUUAAACCUAAAUUUAUACCAUUAAAUGAUUUAAAUGAGUCUAAAAAUAAGAAAAAAUCUGGAAAUGUUUUACAAAUGUCUGAUAUUAAAAUGGAAACCGAAUUUUUGAAAAUUUUAAAAAAGAAUCAUGAAGAAGGAAAUUACACAGAAUUUUUUAAUUUUGUAAAAACUUUAAAUCCUUCAGCAAUUGAUUUUGAAUUAAGAUCAUUAAGUCUCGAAAAUAAUUUAAUAGAAUUAAAUUAUUUUUUAGAAGCAAUUGAAUUUAAACUUAAAACAAAAAAAGAUUUUGAAUUAGCACAAGCUUAUUUAAACCAUUUUUUAAAAAUUUAUGGAGAUAUUAUUUUAUCAAAUAAUCAUAAUGAACAACUUCUUAAUCAUUUAAGUUCUAUAUUAGACGAACAUAAAAAAGAAUGGAACAGGAUAGAAGAAUUAUUUCAUUAUAAUCUCUGUGUUUUAGGAUUUUUUAGAAAGUAA